AUGACUUCUCUUAGUUUCUCAAAUGCGACACAAGCCGCGCGCGGUGGCAACGCCGCAGCGAUGCCCCCGCCGGGCGCACAUCUCAUGAUGGCCCCUCCCCCGUCCGGUGGGAACCCCUUCGCUGCAGCGCCUCCCGGCUUUCGAGGGAAGGUGCCACCUGGUCAGAUGCCCAUGAUGGCUGGCAAACCCAAGAUUGUGAUGCGGCCGCCAUCGGCUGCUGAGGAUGGUCAACCCCUCGCAGCAAACCUGCCACUAAACCGCCCCGUUUCACAAGGAACUACAGCAUCGCACCCUGGGCCACCCGGACGCGGCCUCACCGGCUCACCACGCCCACCGCCGCAGUUUGCCUUGGUAAACGGAAAGAAGAUCAUGGUACCACCAGGCACGAAGCUGCCGAUGGGCAAUCCUGGCCUUAACCUAGCCUCCAGCGCUACGGCUGCCGUAGCGCCGCCACAGGCUAUGAUGCACGGCAAGAAGAUCUUGAUGAUGCCGCCAGGGCAGGGUUUGGCGACAAGCCGGCGGCCGUCAUUCACAACAUCGCCGCCGCCGGGGGGGAUGACGGGUCGCGGUGCUGCGGCUGCGGCUAGUGGUAGGGGCGGUCCUUCGCCGUUUCAUCCGAACCCCGGCCAAAGCCUCGUGCGGCCGCCAAUGCAGGUGACGGCAAGUCCGUCGCCACGGCCACAGCCAACAAGAGAGGCGGCAGCAGGUGCCACAGGCCAUAAGCCCAGCCUUCUGCAGAGCCUCACGAGCGCCUUCAGCUUUCUGAAGCGCGGCAGUGACGUGGACAAGGAGCGAGAAGUGGAGGCGCGACAGCACAACCCUAUAGCACUACAGCAGCAGCAACAGCAACAGCAGCAGCAGAGGCAGACGCCACCUGGGCCAGCUGUUCGUGGAAAAGGUGCUGCUGUCGGGCCCAGUAGAGCCUUGAUGCCGAAUAGCCACCCCUCGCCUAGUCCUGCCCGGCGACCGUCACCGAAGCAGCAGCCCGCGCACCCUCCGCUAUUGAUGAGCGGCAUGAAGAAGAUGAUGAUAGGGCAGCCGCCAACCUUGUUGGGUGGCAAGUCGCCGCCACUGAUGAGCCCGUCAAAGUCCGGCAAUGUGAGCGGCGGUGGGGCUGCCGCGACACGCGCGCCAAUAAGGGUACCGCCUGCUCAGAUGAUGGCGAUAAAAAGACCUCCUGGCGGCGGUGGACACGUGGUGGGGACGAAGAAGGCCAUCAUGGAUCCCCCACCUCCUGCCACGGUCCGCAGCAGGGCAAACAGCCUAGAAAGACCGCCCCUCGGCGCCAGCCGCUCUAGCAGCGUCGCAGCCGUCUCCCUUCCAGGAGCGCGGUCGGCAUCAUCGCCCCAGUUGCCGCUGCAGCCGCGCCCGUCCCCAAUGGGGCUUCGGCCGGUGAAGCGCAUCUUAGGGUCACCGCUGCCGCACGCGCAGCUCAUACCGGCUCCGUCACAGCAGCAGCCACAGCGGCGGCCGCGCUCCGGCUCGGCAUCACCGACACCUAUGUCGGUACCUUCAUCGCCUUUCACCGUGGCGCCACCCGAAGUCGCAGCUGCUGCAACUGUACUACGUGUGCCGAGUUCGACCGUGUUUAAGGAAGAGCAGCUGCCCAGUGCCGGGAUACGGUCCCCCAGGCGCCGACACUGGCGACUAGGAGAAAGCUCCGAAGACAGCGACAGCGACGGCGCUGGCGCCGGCGGAGGUGAUGGGGGUGCGCACGCCAGCGCACAGGUUGAAGCAGCCUCGCACAGCCACAUAGCCAGUGACCUUCGCAGCUCAUCCUCGAUCCGCAACGCGGACGGCGUGGUGGGCUCGGACAGAGCGCGGGAAAACACUGUAGAAGAGAAGGAAAAAGCGCUGCAGGAGGAUGACAACGCGCUGCUGCCGGAGUCAUCGUCCUCCUCCCUUCCACGCCAAGUGACAGAGCGGGAGACGGAGGACCACAGCCUCCACCACGGAGACAACGGCUACAACAACGAUACGCACCCCUCUACAGACGCAUUGACAUCGAAGCCAGAGGCAGCUGGUGCUGCUGCAGCCGUCGCGUCGCCAUCAUCGUCUAUGCACCACAACGGCAACAAGAAGAGUCCCGCCUCCACGACCCUCGUGCCGGUGCGGAAAACUGCAACGUCAGAAGCACGUAUCGCCGCAGCAGCAGCCAAACGACGACAAGAGGAGGAACGCCAGCGCCACGAAGCAGCGCGCAAGGACGGUCUAGUGUCGAAGAGGCGGCAGAGCGCACAACCAAAGUCAGUUCCGCCCGCAACCCACGCGAGUCGAACGCAGUCAACUGCGGCCGCCCGAGUGGCGCGAGAAUCGCCGUCGCCACAGGAGGAGGAGGAGGAGGACAACACGCAAAAGCCAUCAAACCUGGAGCCGAGCAGCCACAGCAUCACCUCCACCCUGUCACGCCGCUCCCCUCUCUCUGUCUCUGACGAUUCUGAUUCCGUGUUAGGAGCGGUGAAGAGCCCACGCUCACCGGCACGCGGCGGUGUCAGGACUGCUGGUGACGGCGGCCCUCCCGCGUCUCCGGGGUCCGUCUCAACGCCGUCGCGGAAGCGAAUCGGCAAGUCCGCUCACUUUGACCCUUCAGGCACGCCGAGGAACGAGCAGCGGCAGCGGAAGCGGCAGCGGCAGCGGCAGCUCCGUCGUCCACGAUCGAGGCUCCGCACCUGUAGCCAGAACACCCGUCGAAGUACCAGCAAGAGGGGUAACGGCAACGUCAACGGCGACCACAGCGACGCGGCUGACGAGGAGGAUGACGAGAGCGGCUUGGAGGAACUGACGAGCAGCGACCUCUACCGUCUUGCAAAAUUUUUGCGCGACAGCAGCGCGGGCGCGAUGGGGGCGGGCAUCGACGAUCUGCAGCGACGCGACAGGCGCCGGCGGUCGUUGCUUCGCGGUGACAACGGCAGCGACAGGGACGCCGACGCGGACAGCAGCGACGAUACCUCGUGGGGACUGCGACACCGUGGACGACAGCGUCGGCAGCAGCACAGUACUGGGAAGCGUCGAAGCGCACUCCCUCUCUCCACAGUCGGUAUUCCAUGGCGAUAUACUGGACCGCGGCGCUCGUUGGGGCCAUUCGCGUCACCACCACCGGUACGGCGGCCGCUCGGGUACAUUAACGUCGGCGGCGGUCGCUACGCGCGUGUCGGCGGCAGUCCGUACACCAAUUCUCGAGGUCGGCCUCGAGCCACGUCGGUCGAGGUCGUGCCGCUCGAUACGACCAACACGCGCGCAUUGCUCAGCCGUGCUGGGGCCUACGGUAGUCGCUCACCUCUUGUCGACCAGCGGAACCGCCGGCCGUCGGCGCUGGUGGAUGCUGGCCACAGAGCCGUCGCGUCAGAGCUGAAGGCCAGCGCUCUGCUGGACAGCAAGCAAGCGUCGAGUUCGCGCGGUGGCGGUAGGGCAUUGGCGCCCUACUACAGCAGAGAACAGCGCCAGCUGUUCCGCUGCCACAGCUCCGUGCACCAUCCUCACACCCGUAGCGGUUGCAGUCAUUCUGGACUCGGCUUGGAUGACACGAUGUCGUCAGCGGUCGAAUCACAGCACCCGUACUGCGUGUCCACCUCAGCCCUGCUGCCAGCCAUGCAGUCCAUGGUCCCCUUGCGCGGCGGUGUGGCGGCCACGUAUGAACCGCACGAGCCGCAACGCGGGAGGUCCUCGCCCCUGCCGGAUCCCCUACCUCGGGCAGCGGAUCAACCCUACAACCUCCCUCAACACCUACCGUCGUCAAGAUCAACAGUAGCGGCUACAGGGCCCAUUGGGCUGCUCAUUCCCGACAUGUACAAGGUCGAUCCCGCUCUAGAACCUAGCGCAUAUACCCCUGUGGCCGCGAGGGCCAACGACGCGGCGGGGCCCGUGCGACCCGCUUCACUGGGCCGGAGCAGCUCUGAUCAGCUGUAUGAUCUGCCUCCCGCGUUGUCACUACACGCUUUACCAGCAGAGGCCGCGGCAGCAGCGCGGUCCAGAAGCGUCACGAGCAGCAGAAAGAGCAACAUCGGCGGCGACGAAGCCGAAACGAGGAGCGCGGCCGCCCCGGCGGUGCCGAGCUUGAUACCCACUGACCUCUCGCCUGCGUUAUCAACACACUCACAGGGCCUGGGCAGCCACCUGCGCACUUCCUCGCCGAGGACCCAGCAGCAAUGGCGACAGCGGCAGGAGCAGAACGAUGUACAGCAGACCAACAGCGGCACCGCGGCGAGUAACCUUCGAAGAGUCGGUGGUGUCACUGCAGUGGCGGCACAUCCUGAAGUUCACCCCACCUACGCGGACCCCAACGCCUGCUGGCCGCCCUCGCGCAAGAAGGAGACGGUGUACUUAAGCAAGGCCACGAUUGCGCGUCUUAGCACCCCGCAGGGAUGCCGAGGCAGCCUCGGUAGGGGCUCUGCCGCGGCGAUCAGACCGAUCUCUCGCCGCAGCCACGGCGGUGGCGGCGGGAAUAGCAGCGUGGUAGCGCAGACGUGCACCAGGUGGCUUGACGAACUCCUGGCCUCCACUACAGUGACAACCACUGGCGUGCGCACUGGCUGGGGAGUUGGCGGCGGCGAAGAUGCGACAGGGGCAGCGAAUGCGAUCCCUGUGGUUGAUCUACGUCGUGAGUUCAAGCCGUACAUUGUGGACAGUGGCGCGGGCGGCCGCGGAAGCCCCAGUAAUGUGCGUGCCGCGUUUCAGUCCCUGCGCAAUAUCGGGGCGACAGACUACACGAACGAGUUCACUGGGUCGCGCGCCCGACCGCACGUCCCGGUGAUCUCCUUCAAGCACAUGAUCGGCACGCACUCAGCAACCGGCUCGCCGCCGCGCAUGGGUGGGGCGGCCACUGUGAAGACCGUCAGCGGUGUCUCGGAUGGGCUGCCGUUUCGGGCGUACUCCUCCAUACGCGUUCAUGACCCCACCCGGAAGUCGCCGUGGGCGCUGGCGCCGGAACGCGAGGGGCUGGACGUACUGCCUGGGCGGCCCGCCUUGUCGCGGCGUCGACGCAUUGCCGUGGCUGACAACGCAGCGGCAGAAAACGACACCGUCGUUGAGGAGGUCCACCUGGACGAGCACCGCCGCCCCUACCUGGUGGUCCGCCCAGUCCUGAGCAGCGAGGAAAAAGAGGCGCAGCGUGCUGCGGUGGAGCGGCUCUCACGCCCGAAGCCCAUUUACCGCCGCGCCGGAGAUCCUUUGACGUCGCCUCGCUAA